AUGGGCGAUUGUUGCAGCGCAUUUUGUAAAGGAGUUGCUGUUUGUUGUAGGUAUACCUACAACGGAAUUGUAUAUACAAAAAAUCAAAUAAAGAGGUGCUGCGCUUGUUGGUGAUAUCCGGUUAAAGAAAGAUGUUGUGCUUGCUGCACCUGUUGUGAUAGAUAUAUGAAUCCGUAUAAAGACGAAACUUAUUCAGCUAUAUAA